AUGCGCUCCGAUUUAGGUCGCUGUGAAAUCCAAAGAAAAAGUGGGGAAAAGCUGGAAGUUGCAAGAAAAAUGGAAAAUUUUAAUAUUCUGGAUUAUGCUGCUUCAAUAAAGUAUUUAAAGAUUACGAUUAAAACCAUUUACGAUAAGUCUUUCGAUGCGAAUUAUGUUUUGGUCGAAUCCGCUAUUCUGGAAUCUGGAAUGGCAGACCACGGAGUUCAGGCAUGUGCAGUGGAUAUGUUAAACAGUGGAUAA